GCUUUGGCUGCAACAGAUUUGGGAAAUGCGAGGUACCUCCUGGUUUGGGGCCCGUUGUAUCCGUUUCUACUGGCUAUCUUCACACCUGUGCGGUUGGCGCUGACGAUCAGCUGGUCUGCUUCGGGCACAACUUGGAGGAGCAGUGCCAGGUGCCAGCAGAUGUUGGACCCGUUCUGGCAGUGUCCGCAGGCUACUCCCACACCUGUGCAGUGGAGGCUGGAGGUCGUUUGACAUGUUUCGGAAGCAACAAGAAUGGACGGUGCGACGUGCCGGUGGACUUAGGCCCA